AUGGUGCCAAAGAAGAGACCCGGCGAGUGGCGUCCUUGCGGCGACUACAGAGCGCUGAACGCCCGCACGGUACCAGACCGCUACCCACUGCCGUACCUGCGGGACUUUUCAGCCGACCUGCAUGGGUGCACCGUCUUCAGCACCAUCGACUUGGUGAAGGCGUACCACCAGAUCCCGGUGGAACCUGCCGACGUCCCCAAGACAGCCAUCACGACACCGUUCGGCCUCUACGAAUGCGUUCGGAUGCCGUUCGGCCUCAGAAACGCCGGACAGACCUUCCAGCGUUUCAUGGAUGAGGUCCUCCGCGGCAUACCGGGCUGCUUCGUCUACCUGGACGACAUUCUGCUGGCCAGCCCGACUGCCGAACACCACAUGCAGCUCCUGGACCAAGUGCUUCAGCGCCUCAACACCUACGGCGUCGUCGUCAACAGGCACAAGUGCGUCCUGGGACAGGAGCAGGUGGUGUUCCUCGGCCACUCGGUAGACGCCGACGGCGUCCGCCCGCUGCCUGGACGAGUCGAGGCCAUCAAAGACUUCCCGGAACCGACCACUCAGUCCCAGCUACGGAGGUUCCUGGGGAUGGUAGCCUACUACCACCGCUUCAUCCCCCAGGCAGCCGAGCUCCUGCAGCCUCUGCACGCCUUAAUCACCCACAAGGCAAAACGCUCGAGAGCGCCUGUCACGUGGACAGACUCGGCGCGGCAGCAUUUCAAGAACGUCAAGGACGCCCUGGCCACGGCGACACAUCUCGCACACCAAGUCCCGGACGCGCCGCUCGCCCUCUUCGUCGACGCCUCGGACUGCGGAGUGGGCGCCGUCCUCCAGCAGCACGUCGCCGGCGAGUGGCAGCCCCUCGCUUUCUUCUCAAAAACGCUCCAACCUGCGGAGAAGAAAUACAGCACGUUCGGGCGCGAGCUGCUCGCUAUCUACCUGGCCGUCCGGCACUUCAAGCACGCCAUCGAAGGACGGUCAGCAAUCAUUUUCACAGACCACCGACCACUGGUAACGGCCAUCGGCUCCUCGUCCGACCGCUACUCGCCACGAGAGGUCCGCCACCUGGACUACAUCGGCCAGUUCGUGUCUGACAUCCGCCAUGUGCCUGGCAAGGACAACGUGGUCGCCGACACGCUGUCACGCACGGUCUCGAUGGUGGCCCAGCCGCGACCCCCGCUCGCCGACUUCACUGCCAUCGCCAAGGCCCAGUCCGAAGACAGCUCGCUGGAAGACCUCGAGGCCUCAGACACCUCACUGCGCCUGCGCCACAUCCCGGUCGGCGAUGGACUCUGUCUGCUCUGCGACGAGUCCACCGGAUCGCCUCGGCCGGUCCUCCCGGAGGCGCUGCGCCGGCCCUUCGCCAAGGCUCUGCACGACCUGUCGCACCCUGGCGUCGAGGCCACCGUCAAGCUCGUCUCUAAGCGGUUCGUCUGGCCCGGUAUGGAUCGCGACGUGCGCCGCUGGACCCGAACCUGCCUCGCCUGUCAGCGCUGCAAAAUCGGCCGGCACACCAAGUCUGACGUCGGCACCUUCCAGCCACCUCAGCAACGCUUCGACCACGUCCACGUGGACCUCGUCGGCCCGAUGCCUCCGUCAAGAGGGCACUCGUACCUCCUGACGUGCGUCGACCGGUUCACUCGGUGGCCAGAAGCCAUCCCUCUGCCGGACAGCCGCACCACCACGGUCGCCCGCGCCUUCCUCGAGCACUGGGUCGCCCGAUUCGGCGUUCCGUCCAUCAUCACGACGGACCGAGGUGCCCAGUUCGAGUCGGCCCUCUGGUCGGAGCUACAGCGAUUCCUGGGCUGCCAGCGAACUCGGACGACGUCCUACCACCCGGCCUGCAACGGUAUGGUGGAACGCCUGCAUCGCCAGCUGAAGGCCAGCCUCCGUGCACACCAGGCUACGUCAUGGACGGACGUGCUGCCGCUGGUGCUCCUGGGCAUACGCUCCACCAUCAAGGCGGACCUGCAGGCGACGUCAGCCGAGCUGGUGUACGGCUCCUCACUGCGGCUUCCCGGCGAGUUCUUCAUCAGCAGCCAAGCCUCAGCAGCAUCACCAGCCGGCUUCGUACAGGACCUGAAGCGCGCCAUGUCUCAGGUGCGGCCGACACUCCCACGUCCGGUCCAGCGCGCCACAGGAAACGCGGCAAGCAUCCUGCAAACGGCUGAACAUGAGGUGCAGCAGAAGCGGCGGGAACAAGAGACUGGCACGUGGAGGGGACGGACAGUGCAAAACCGGCGCAACGGGCUGCGGGAGGAGCCGCUGGGCGUCGGUGAGCUGCACUGCGCGUUGCCUAGCCGCAACCCACUGGACGACCCCGAGCUGGCGCAGUACCUGAAGCCACGCGCCGCUCCCCGGUCAGUCGAUGAGAGAGUGGCAACUACUCAGGAGCUGACCGACCAGCUCCUGAGCAUCGCGCCCAGCUGCUCCGAAGUGUCGCCAGGGUCGCCGCGCCCCAAUCGGCUGGCCACCUACGCAUCGCUGCUGGCUGAAAUGAAACGGGACGCAGUGUCGGGGUACGUAGAGCCGGGUGGUCAUCUCUCGUCGGCUGAACCGUGCGGCGUCAGCUCCGGCUGCCAGUCGUCCACAAACGAACUGCGACCUCACCGGUCCUCCGAGACCGGCGUCCCCCGAACCUCCCCCCGCGGGACCAGCCAGUCGCGCUUCCAAGCCAGCUCGUGCCGCGCCGACCCGACCCCGUGUCGUUCCCCCGGGGACAACACGUGCGCCCGUGCGCCCCGUGACCUGGACGACGGACGUGAGGUGACUCCGGGACCCGAUCUGGUGCGACUCUUCGUCGGAGACAGAGAGGGAGUGACUGCGCGUACCGAGCGCGCUCGUGCGUGCGCGAGUGCCUGCGUGCCGACGUGCGCGUGA